AUGGACGCGGCAAACACCGGGGAGCGGCCCCAUGGGUCCCCCAGCGAGCAAAUGAACCCAAACGCACAUAAUCAAGAUCAGGAUCCUAUCAACGCCCGCGGGCGCACCAGGACCAGGGACGAGGAUGUUGAGGACGAGGCUGAUCUCAAGGGUCCGGCGAUCGCCUUGACCGAGUCUCAUCUGCGAGUGCCGGCUUGGACUAGAGUCAAGACUGCGGCUCGACCGCACAGAACUGUCCGCCAUAUCAUGCGCAGAAUUGGCACUCUUGCCUUGAAAUUCACCAAGAAGAAGAAGCGUCAAACGAAAGAGACUCAAGAUGACAGGUGUGAGCUUCCGCGGGCCAGACACCAGCGAACGCAAGCCUUCAAGCCUUGCCAAGAUGAUUGGCAGACUGUCGGCUUGCCUCAGUCAAAGGCUGAAAUGGCCUGCCAGGUCAUGAGUGCCAAAGUCGACAUUGCCAACCGAGUCUUAGAGCUCCCUGCUGAAGCCUUUGUGGCCGAAGUUGAUGAUCUUCUCAAUUCUGUCCACACAAAGGUCGUUCCCGCCAAACGCGGUAUCGACCGCCAUUACCGCCUGGAGCAGGUUGGCAUCGUCGGUGGCCACCGGCUCAAGUCAUACAACAUGAUCUGGCCAAUCUUGGUCAAAGGCGCAGAGAUGGCCGGGCGAAGGAUCGAUAUCCAAGCUGCAGCCUUUGCCCAACUUGCUGCCCACCUUCAGGAGGCGCGUCCGGACCCGAGGGUUCCGAUUGCUGGCACCGGUCGCCCAGAUCUGUCCGAUAUUGCCGACGUGACGGAGCCAGAGAGCUUCAUGGCCCUCAUGAGAGCUCCCGAGGGGACGGCACUCGCCACGUCGCCCACGAAGCGACCGGCUCAACCCAUCACCCCCAUCAUGGCCAGACCGGCUCGACUGAGCGAGACCAAGAUUGAGCUCCUGCCCGCACCUACCCCCAUCACCGAGUCGUCUCCUGUAAAGUCGUCUCCCCUCCCCGCGUCCUUUGCAGACACCCCUUCGCCGCGAAGGAUUGUGGCAACAUCCCCAUCGCUCGAGACUUUCGCGACUGGCUGCUCUGUGCGUGUGGCUCCGGGGCAGAUGCCAUCGUCGCCCCUCCGGCCCAACACGGCCCCCAGGAGUUUCCAGGUUCCGUCCGAUGACGACAGUACCACUUUGACUCCCAAGGCCCAUGCCGCCACCGGAGUUUUCAUGGCUUCGUCGUAUGACGACUCGACGUCGAGCGCCGGGAUCAACACCUCGAACGAGCGUGCCGAUGCCCAGGCUGGUGAUCAGCUGGCGUUGAAUCCCAGGCCCGACACCUCCAAGGUUUUUCAGGUCCCCUCCGAUGCCGAAUCUACGUUGAGCUCUGAUACCAACUCAUUCCAGUAUGCUCAGGAUCAAGCUGGUCACGGCUCUAUCAUGAGUGCCAAAACCGGCAACUCGCCCCAGGCUUCCAAAGUCGCGUCUGCUGACGCCUUUGGAUCAAGCCCAGCGCACGCCGGGAAAGAAACAUUGUCUGCACCAUCUUCACCGAUCAAUUUCAGCCGCCCGUUUCCCUCGACUCCGGUCGGGCGAUAUCAGCUGGAGAGCACUACUCCCCACGAGUCGGUCCCCAUGCCUUCGUCGCCUACUCCAGGCCUCACUCAGUCGAAAAAGAGCCUCCUUGAAGCCAUGCCACCGUUUACUCCACGCCUGCCGGUGUCGGAACUAGGCGGCAUGGAUACGAACAAGGACACAAAGUUUGACUUUGGAACGACCUCGGCGUCCUUCAAUUCGCCCUCGUCCAUUUUGCCCUCGUGGGCGAACCCUCACCUCGCUGCCGAGGCUCAAAAGAAGCUUCGCAGAAAGAGCGAGCCACUGUUUCGCACCUUUUUCAAAGGCCGAGCGGCCGCUCACUUGUCUGCUUCGCCCAAGAAGGUCACAUUUCGGGACUUGGUCGACCAGAGUACCCCUGGCUCCCUCCGAGCCGACUCGUUUCCGUACGAGCCAAAUGCCGAAAACGCGAUUGCCCGCCAGCAGCAGAAUUUGCUCACUCCUGAGAUAACCAUCUCGCCCGCAGCGGCUGUGGGUGGCGCUGCGACGCCUGCAAUCUCAUGGGCCUAUAUGACCGGCCGUGCUGCUUCCGACACCAUCGGGCAGAGAACCCCUCAGGCCAUGGACCAAGUGAAUGAUCGGGAGAGUGUCCUUAGUGUGGACAUGCACCGAAAUCUCAACAUCUUUGGCGGAGAAGAGGUCUCGCCCUUCAAGCGGCGCGCCACUGCUAUUGACCAGCUGGCUCGGAUUGCGGAAGCCAACUGCGAUGGCCAAGCCAAGGUCGUCGUCACGCAGGAACAUGCCAGGUUCUUCGUUCGGUUUAAGCUGCCGACCAAGUUCGCUUUCAUGUUUCCACCUGCCCAAGGCUUCGACGAGUCGCGAUUUACUACCACGCCCUCCAUCUCAUCCUCGCCCCGGAUCAGGGUCCCGGGCCCCUACCCGUCGGUCGAGGGCGCCGUCUCGUCGCCUCAUCCCUCGCCCAUGCGCUACCUGUCGGUUGAGGGCGCCGUCUCGUCGCCUCAUCCCUCGCCCAUGCGCUACCUGUCGGUUGAGGGCGCCUUCUCGUCGCCUCAACCUUCGCCCCUGCGAACGCCCGCAAUUGCCCCUGCCCAUCACGAUAACACCAUGGUGUGCGACGGCUUUGCGCCUUCGCCCUCGGGCUUUCGUACAGGCCCUGCGUUUGCACAUGGACAAGACUCCUUUUCACUCUCCAUCGAUGCGACCGCCAAUUAUCAUGUCGACGAGCACUCCACCACUAUUCCUUGGCGUCAAUCCUCGGACCUGCAUCUGGACUCGCUGGUGGCCGGAGCCAACGCACCUCACCCUGCCCACCACGACCCGAUGGAGGAAUCCGAUAGUUCUUUGACCGAGCUAAUGUCCCUGGACGUGGAAAUGACGCCUGCUGGGGAGGACCACGACAUGGACUACGCGGCUCAUGAGAGAAUGUCGGCACAAUCCGACGUCGAGAUGAGUGAUCUGGCUCCCGCCAAAGAGGAAUACACGACUGCCAACCCCACAGGCAUGAUCAUCGGAGACCAACGGAUUAGCCCGAGUUACAAAUUGAGCCCUUGGUACAUGGGAAUUCCUACCAUGCAGACGAGCGACGACGACUAUGGAUGGGACGAUGUGCGGCGUCUGGGGCAGAAUCACGUCGUGCGGGAUCACGACAAUCACAGCCCAGGCCGUGAGUACAUGAGAGGGUUCAUCAAUCGUGCCAGGCCCAAAAGGCUCUCGGCAACGGAGACUGGGUCUCCCAUUGUCCUUCCAACGAGGCGACCCCCCCUUGGGGCUAAGGACCCCAAUACGGAGAGCCCGCUGCUGGGCAAACGCAAGGCUCAGGUCGAGAGGCAGGAGGCACGGUCUCCGUUUAAGAGAGGAGCUGCGCCCGUGCUGAAGCACCAGUGGUUUGAGGCAAGCAUGGCAUCGCAUGGCGAGCAGGACCAUGAGAUGCAAGACACUGAGCCCAAAAGGUUGAUGAGAGGCGGAGAAAACGUGGCGGCAUUCCAAUCAGACGAGGAAAUGACGGAUGCACCGGCCAUGCGGCGGUCGUCACGCCUGCGCACUCUGAGGAAGCCGAAGACUGCACCGAAAUCAUCCAUCCCGACUCCGAUCAAAGUCAGCAGCCGGGCGGGAAGCGGUCGUGGACACCCACCCAAGCCCAAGUCGAGAUCAGUCCAGCAUGAGCUGAGCCAGCAGACGCGUAUCAAUACUCGCAAGAAUAAGGGAAAUGCAGAGUAUCCUUCGCAGAUGCUGGCCAGGCUUAGCAUACACGAGAUGGAGGUGGACACACAGGCCAACCACUUCAGCAAGGCGACGAAGUCGUCGAGAGACACUAAGAGUGUCGGGUGGAGAGAGCCUCUCGUGUCCCACCAGGACGAGCCGCCCAAGAGAGGCAGGCGUGCCAAGAUCAAGCCAAAGGCAACCCAAGGCCAGACGGGGGUUGAGAAGCUGCAGAGACAGGAUGCAGCGGCGAGGAAGAAGCGCACUGCCCAAGUGGCGACGAACCUGGGCCUGCCGGCGAUGGACCUGGGCCUGCCAGUGAAUGGAGCCCCUGCCAGGCCCGGGCGAAUCACCCGAGCUGCGGCACGGGCGCAGCAGUAA